AUGUCCAGUCUUGCAAUCAUGGAGCUACAGAAGCCGACAAACAGUCCGGAUAUCCUGACACCCCCAAGGAACGUACUUGCACUCCCGGAAGAGAUUCUUUCAAUGAUCUUGUCGAGAUUGUCGAAGAAAAGCCUCUACACAUGUGUUCAAGUGUGCCGUGACUUCCACCGUCUGGCCGUCCGACUAGGCCUGGAAACAAUGGGCAUCUACGUCCCGGAACAGCACUGCAAUAUUAAACUACCCGACGAGUUUUAUGUACAUCGCAGGCCCGACACCCUCGACUUCCUCCUCGCCUUGACACCCCCCAUCAAGGUGUUUAAAUGUAUCGAAGUCGACCUGUGUAUAGGGACAACACAUUCAGGUCUCGCGACACAACUAUACAGGAUCAGAAGGCUUCUGGAAAAAGCCACGACCGUCAAAAGUGCGAUAUUGGCCUUUGCGUUCCCCUAUCUCGUCGGCGAGGAUGACGACGCAGAUCCUGGUGCACUGGAGGGCGCACUCGAGGCGCUCUUCAACCUCCUUGUUUCUAAAGGCUGUACAGACUUCCGGAUCGACGACUGGUCCGACAAGAUUGUCGCGGGAUACCAGGACCCCGCUAUAGAGGGCAAGGCGUUUUCAUCUGGCUGGAUUCUGCAGGACGAGCGCCAAUACAUUCGAAGCAUACGCCUUCCUAAAUACUGUUGGCGAUCUCUGAAGUACAACCCCUCCGCCCCGCCCAAGAUCACCCACUUCCAAGUCAGCAUGGAACUUCUCCGGCCCCCUUUCUCGGAGUGGUCCUUCUCCCUCCUGGCCAACUCUCCAGUGACGAGUCUGGUCAUGCCAAUUCGAAGCUAUCCGUGGGACACCGAUGAAGUGCAGUUUAUCAUGCACCGGUGUGCGACGAUGGGCCCUCUGAUAGAUUCGAUGUUCGUCGGAUUCGAGCGCUGCCAGUUUUAUCAAGUACUUCCUGGCCUUAACUUCUUCUCCAAGACCUUGACCAAACUCAGGCUCCACGGGGUUCCGCCUCGACACUCGCAGUGGCCCGAUUCCCUCACCCUCCACCUCCCCAACUUGGAGUCCAUCGAACUCCAGCCUCUCGGACUACGCGGUCUUCUUUCUGGACCAGUCGACAAGGUCCGUUUACCGCGACUCAAGCAGAUUACUUUGGUGCACAACGACAACGAGAACGACGGGGCCAUCCCGCCUUUCGACAUCGAGACUGUUGCACAAAGUGUCUUGGACGUUCAGCGUUUGGACAAAUUUCAACGUCCAAAACAAGGUUGUGGAGAGAACAAGGACGGAGAGGACCAUGAUGACCACUCCUCGAUUUCACUCGGGGCCCGCCUUGUUUUUUGCAUAGCGAAUGCCGAUUUCCGCGCCCUCACUGCGUCCUUAAUGAAGGGCAUUCCUCCGACCUUGGCUUCCAAGGAACGCUCCGACGCUCUGAAAAGAGUCACGACACUCACCAUUGAGAUACGCCGCACGAAACACCUGAUUCAAAGCGGAGCGUUUAAGCACCAGCUCAUCGGAAGUCUCGCUCUGUUUCCUGGCACAGAGACCCUUAACGUCGUAUCUCUCCAUGGUUCACUAGCGGUGAAGGAGGACCUCGACGAAUACCAAUUCAACACAUUGAAGCAUCAUUGCUCUUCACUCAGAGAAGCUUUUGUAUACUGA